UACAGUGGCCCACAUUCACAGCAACAUGCCGUAAGCAACCCCUCUUCCCCUUCUUUCUAAUUCUAAAAUCUACUACUCCUCUUAAAUCUUAAACUAACUACCACUUUUUUCAUUCUUCCACUUUUUCACCUCCCAACAAAUCAAAUUUUGUAAUAACAAACCUAAUCAAAAUAAACAAACCCUAAUAAUGGCCAAGAAACGUGUUCCCGAUUGGCUCAACAGUCCUCUCUGGUCAUCUCCCUCCGAACAACACCGCUUCUCCUCCGCCGUUCCUGAACCACCGGAACAACCUCCUUCUCCACCUCCUCUCACCAUCAAACAAGAUCCUCCUUCAAUUCAACAUUCCCGAACCAAUCACAAUCACAAUCACAAUGCCAUUGCCAUUGCCACUUCUUCUUCUUCCUCUUCCGCUUCUACUUCCUCCGCCGAUGAAAAUUCCCACUCCCGUCAGGCUCAGUCCCAGGCCAAUUUGUUAGCCGAGUUAUCUAGGAAGGUUAUUGAUAUGCGUGAAUUGAGAAGAAUCGCAUCUCAAGGAAUACCUGAUGUUUCUGGUUUACGUUCUACUGUCUGGAAGAUUUUUCUAGGGUAUCUUCCACCUGAUCGUGGCCUCUGGUCCUCUGAAUUAGCAAAGAAGAGGUCUCAAUAUAAACGAUUCAAACAAGAGAUUCUCAUCAAUCCUUCAGAAAUCACGAGGAGGAUGUGCAACUCUGGCAAUUAUGAUGCUGAUGAAGUUAAAUGUGAGACCAGGGGCAUCCUUUCUAGAUCACAAAUCACUCAUGGGGAACAUCCAUUGAGUCUUGGCAAGACCAGCAUAUGGAAUCAAUUUUUCCAGGAUACCGAUAUCAUAGAGCAGAUUGACCGUGAUGUAAAGCGUACUCAUCCAGAUAUGCCUUUCUUCUGUGGUGAUUCUCAAUUAGCAAAAUCUAAUCAGGAGGCUUUAAAGAACAUAUUAAUUAUUUUUGCAAAGUUGAACCCAGGUAUUAGAUAUGUUCAAGGGAUGAAUGAAGUAUUGGCUCCUUUAUUCUAUGUGUUCAAAAAUGAUCCUGACGAGGAAAACGCAGCCUUUUCUGAAGCAGACACAUUCUUUUGUUUUGUUGAACUAUUGAGUGGAUUCCGCGAUAAUUUUUGUCAACAACUUGACAAUAGUAUUGUUGGAAUUCGUUCAACUAUAACAAGAUUGUCUCAGCUUUUGAAAGAACAUGAUGAAGAACUAUGGCGUCAUCUUGAGGUCAUGACCAAAGUCAACCCCCAAUUUUAUGCAUUUAGGUGGAUUACUCUCCUCUUGACUCAGGACUUCAGUUUUGUUGAUAUCCUUCGUAUUUGGGACACCCUUAUAAGUGAUCCUGAUGGUCCACAGAUAGCAAAUAUGAAGCAAAGGACUUGGCUCCUAAGUGGAGGAUAUAUUGUACUUAUUGUACAGGAGUAAAGGACAAGGUAUCUUCCAAUAGAAAUCACAAAACCGAAGGAACACAAAGUAAAACCCCGCACAAGAUACCAAAAAGCAAACAGAUCACGAGGAGACAAAUAAGGAACCACCCCAACCGCCGUAAAACCCUUCUAGGAAACCCCUCCAUAAAAAGGUCCGCAGCAAAAGGGAACGGUUUUAUGAAAGAAAAAAAACACUCCAUUUUUCCUUCAGCAAAGAAGACAAUUUUAUUGCUUCACACUGCUUGUACUGAAUAGAAUUCUGAUUUUUUUUUUUUAAAUCAACGAAAGAAGAAUUCUGAAUUAUUUGUUCAUUAACAGUGAUUCAGUCCCUACUUUUACUUUAUAAUGUUCUGUAUCCUAUUUAUCCCUCAAAAAUAUAUACCUUGAAUGUUAUAGGAUCCUAUUGUAAAGGAGAGAUGAUUAGUCAUGUUGUUGGGUGGAUUUAUAUUUAUAAAACAAAACAAAGGGCUUCUUCUUGUGUUGCACUUAUUUGUGCAAGGGUAUACAUUACAACUUACAAGUCAUGUUCUUUUCAUGACAUCUACCUUUCUACAAUAGAUUCAUUUUAUCUCAAAUUGUGUUUUGAGAAAAGCAUCGGAUCAUGUGUUUCAUUUUACCAAGUACAUUUUUUAAUUCUUUUAGUGGAAAUAGAAAAACUGGAAACUAACUUGUA